GGCGGAGUCACUAACCUCAGCGCCACGCAUGCGUCUAAGCUCAGCCACAGAGCGAAGCGGGGGGCGGGAUCCAAUCCCGGAAGUGAGCGGCCGUGGGCAGGUCCCUUGAUUUUCCCUUUCCGGCAGGUCCCCAUGGAGGCGCUGGGGAAGCUGAAGCAGUUCGAUGCCUAUCCAAAGACCCUGGAAGACUUCCGGGUCAAGACAUGCGGCGGGGCCACAGUGACCAUCAUCAGCGGUCUCCUGAUGCUCCUGCUCUUCCUGUCUGAGCUGCAGUAUUACCUUACCGCGGAGGUUCAUCCAGAACUGUACGUUGACAAGUCCCGGGGUGACAAACUGAAGAUCAACAUUGAUAUUUUCUUCCCGCAUAUGCCUUGUGCCUAUCUGAGUAUCGAUGCCAUGGAUGUGGCUGGGGAGCAGCAGCUGGACGUGGAACACAACCUGUACAAGCAGCGUUUGGACAAGGAAGGCCACCCUGUGACCACAGAAGCCGAACGUCAUGAGCUGGGGAAAGAGGAGGAAAAGGUGUUUGACCCCAGCUCCUUGGAUCCUGAACGCUGUGAAAGCUGCUAUGGUGCCGAGUCUGAGGAUAGCAAGUGCUGUAACACAUGUGAAGAUGUGCGGGAAGCAUACCGACGGCGAGGUUGGGCCUUCAAGAACCCGGACACCAUUGAGCAGUGUCGACGAGAAGGCUUCAGCCAAAAGAUGCAAGAACAGAAGAAUGAAGGCUGCCAGGUGUACGGCUUUCUAGAAGUCAACAAGGUGGCCGGGAACUUUCACUUUGCACCUGGAAAGAGCUUCCAGCAGUCACAUGUGCAUGUUCAUGACCUGCAGAGCUUUGGACUAGACAACAUCAACAUGACUCACUACAUACGCCAUCUGUCAUUCGGGGAAGAUUACCCAGGGAUCGUGAACCCGCUGGAUGGUACCAACAUCACCGCCCCCCAAGCCUCCAUGAUGUUCCAGUACUUUGUGAAGGUAGUUCCCACAGUAUACAUGAAAGCGAGCGGGGAGGUGCUGAGGACAAAUCAGUUCUCUGUGACAAGACAUGAGAAAGUUGCCAACGGGCUGAUUGGGGACCAGGGGCUUCCUGGAGUCUUUGUGCUGUAUGAGCUCUCACCCAUGAUGGUCAAACUGACAGAGAAGCACAGGUCCUUCACCCACUUCCUCACUGGUGUCUGCGCCAUCAUCGGAGGCAUGUUCACAGUUGCUGGACUCAUCGACUCCCUGAUCUACCACUCUGCUCGAGCCAUCCAGAAGAAAAUUGAAUUAGGGAAGGCAACAUAGUCACAGGAGCUGCAUGACCCCAGCCCUGUCUUACUCGGGGCCAUCCGUCUCCCAGUGUCUGACUUCCUAGUGGUGGCCCAGGCCGUACCCCUCGUGAAUGCUGUCUUCAGACUAUAAGAUUUGUUCUAUCCUCCUGCCCCUGCCCUGCCCCAAAAGUUGGUAAAAUUGUGUGUUGUGAUGGUAUUGAGGUCUAGGUGUCUCCUCCUCCCACCCCUAUAAUCCUUUGCCUCAACUCUCAUUCUGCUCCUGUGUCUCAAAGGAGGUUCCCUCCUGGUCUUUUCUUUUAUAUUCCCACAUCCCCCAGCUCUUCUUUGUACUGGAAUCACCUGCCAGAGAUCAGAGUGAUGUGAACCCCUUCCCAGAGAUUCUGGUCUCCCACAUUUCACCUCUGGCUCUAUCCUGCUCUUUCCAGAGGCCAAGGGAGGAACUGAGCUUGGAAGAGUAGCCGAGACCAGGUGCCAGUAUGGGGCAUUAACGAGGAGUGGGAUCCUUUCACCCUUGUUCACAAUCGGGAUUAGGAAGAUUGAGGGGAAUACCCCUCCCCCCAGGAAAUGUCUGCCCUAACUCUCCCAUUGGGAUGUUCAUGGAAUGGGAAGCACAAGGAAAAAGGAAAAAGCAGCCGCAGGAAGCCAAGGAAGUAAACAGCUCCAGGCUUCUGACCUGGGGUUCAGACCCCUUUCCCCUCGUGUGUUCUGCCUCAGACUGGGAUGGAUGCUGAGGAGAAGGGAGAGUGAAGGGAAAAUUUGCAAAUUCCCUGGCUUCUUUGGGUGAGAGGAAGGAUUGGGACUUGUGGACAUUGUCAACCUCAACUUAGCCCUUCACUGACUUCUCUAGGAUUUCCAUUCACUUGCAUAUAGCCCACUUCCCAGCAGAGCUGGGAAAUCAAACUUUCCCAGAGAAAAGUGUGAAACAGACAAAAGAAAGAUACUGCAAAGGUUGCUGCUGUGUAUACACCUCAGGUGAUGCUGCCUAUUCCCAGCGCAGAGUGAAUGAGGAGCAAGGGGACUGAUGGGACAACUUUCUAGACCUUCCUGAGUCUACAGUUUCCUUAAAGAUAAAGAUUUACCUUCAGCUGGUUUCGUUGAAAAUUCAUUUCCCAAAUAUCAGGCGCCAAAUUGUAUUUCAAAACAAAAUAGAUAAUUUUUUUAAAAUA